AUGCGCACCGCGCCGCCGCCCUCGCCGCUCCGGCCGCUGCUUCUGCUGCUGCUGCUAGCGCUCCAGUCUGCGCCGGGUCCCCGCGUCUGCAGAGCUGAGUCCGCCGCGGCGCUGCCGCCCGAGUCGGAGCGCCCGGGGCCCGGGAACGCUACUCAGACGGGGCCCGGAGCGGCGGCGGGCGGCCGAAGCAGCUCCAACAGCAGUGGCGAGGCCCUGGUGACCCGCAUCUCCAGCCUGCUCCGCGAUCUGCCCACCCUAAAGGCAGCUGUCAUCGUGGCGUGCACCUUCACCGCCCUGCUAAUCGUCUGCUUGCUGCUGCGAGUCUUCAGGUCAGGAAAGAGGUUAAAGAAGACCCGGAAGUAUGACAUCAUCACCACGCCAGCAGAGAGGGUGGAAAUGGCUCCGCUGAAUGAAGAGGAUGAUGAUGAUGAGGACUCCACAGUGUUUGACAUCAAGUACAGGUAA